UCAAUCCUAUAGAAACUACAACCUCUUCUUUCUGUUUCAAGUUUCAACCCACAAAUAACUACUUACUUACAAUGGCUUAUUCUCAUCGUUAAAUGCUCUCAUGAAAUUUCAGAGGCAAAAGUGUAGACUCGGUGGAAAUUCAGACCCAUUGCAGAAGGAGAAAAGAGAAGCUCACGCAAGGAAGAACCAAUCAGUGUACUGCGCUUUCUUGCACAUUUAGAAGCUAAGCAUUUCACGCAGGUCCGUAGUUUUGAAUUAGUAAAACCCAAAAGUCAGUAAAACUAGAUAUUUGAUUUCAUACUCUCCCUUUAACUUCUGUGAUGCGUUUGUUGAAACCAUAUAUUAUAGGCUUCCGGCCCAUUUUCCGCCAUAUUGCUACCCAUUCAAUUAAUUUAAACCACGCCAUCAACCGAUUCAUCCGCAAUGGCAAUCUGGAUAGAGCUAGAGACCUUUUCGAUCGAAAUCCCAUCACCCGAAAUGUGGUCUCCUGGAAUUCAAUGAUCAUGGCAUACUUCAGGCAGGAUCAGGUCCAACACGCAGAGGAACUGUUUGAUCAAAUGCCCUAUAGGGACCUCAUUGCCUGGAACACCAUGCUUUCUGGGUUUCGUCAUACCAAUCAACCGCAACAAGUCUACAGCUUCUUCCAUCAGAUGAAUGAAGUUGGGGAGAGGCCAAACGAGCUUACCUUCGCUGUUGCAAUCAGCGCCUUCUUAGAAACCAAAUUCAACAUUCUCAUCCCUCAGCUCCACUCUCUGGUCAUCUGCUCAGGCGUAAAGCUCAAUGUUUUUGUCGGGUCUGCCUUGAUGAGGGGUUAUACUGACUUGGGUAGUUGUGAGGGGUUGGAUCGGGUGUUUGAUGAUAUUUUAUUGGGCUGGAAAGACGUUAUUCCUUGGAACGUGUUGAUUCUGGGUUAUAUGGAGUUUGGGCUCACUAGUAAGGCUCAAGAAGCUUUUGAUAUGAUGACUCCUGAGAAGAACUUCGUCACCUGGAGUACUUUGAUCAAUGGGUAUCUAAAAAAUAAGGAUCUUGAUAAAGCACGUCUUAUGUUCGAUAAAAUGACCGACAAGGAUGUGGUCUCGUGGAGUGCAAUGCUGAAAGGGUACGUGCAAAAUGGACACUUAAUCAAAGCUCUGGACUUGUUUCUGUUGAUGUUGACUUCCUCAACUCGUCCUAACCAUUUCACUUUAUCCACCAUUUUAGAUGCAUGUGCAGGAUACUCUUCCCUUGCCAUAGGCAUUCAGGUGCACACGUUGGUUUUAAAGAUGGGUAUCUGUCGUAAUGUCAUAAUCUCAGCCUCACUUGUUGACAUGUAUGGAAAAUGCGGUGACAUUCAAUCUGCUUUCUGCAUUUUCAACUCCAUGCCCAGAAAGACCUUGGUUUCAUGGAAUUCUAUCAUUGGAGGAUGCGCCAAACAUGGCCUUGGACGUAAGGCAGUGGAGGAAUUUGAGAAUAUGCUGAAGAGUGGGAUUAAGCCAGACGAGAUAACCUUCAUCAAUGCACUUUCAGCUUGUGUUCAUGGUGGAAUGGUCGAGGAAGGUGAAAGGAUUUUCAGAUGCAUGGGGAGAGAGCAUGGGGUGGAACCGGAUAUGAAACACUAUGCGUGUAUGGUGGAUUUGUACGGGAGGGCAGGGGAGCUGGAUAAAGCAGAGGGUUUAAUAAAAGAGGGGAUGCUGCUCUUCAAAGCUGACGUGGUUGUUUGGGGUGCCUUUCUUCAGGGAUGUGGGCUGCAUUCUUACCCUGAGGGUGAAGGGAUUGCAGCAAAGCAAAUGAUCAAAUUGGAAAGGGAUCAUCCAGCAGCUCACUCGGCUUUGUCUAAAAUCUUAGGUGAAAAUGGAGCAACCAACAUCACUACAGCCGAGCGAAAGUGGCGUGCUAGAAAGCAGAAAGCUGGUAGUUGGGUUGAGUUGUAGUUUGUAUUGUUAGAGAAUAUAUUCUUUGGACUGUACUAUUGGGUUGUUGAGCCAUGCAUGGCGGCUGUGUUCAGCAUAGGGAUGAAAGCUGAAAUGGAGAAAUGGGAGACAUGAGGGGAGCUAGGGUCUGACAAACCGUGGGCAUUUGGACUGUGAGGUCAGUAGGUGGGUAGCGUGCGGGCCUUGGGCACGGGGGUGCCCCCACCACCACUCCGCCUGUGGAUGUAGAGGAACUUCUGGGCCUUGAGGUAAAAUAAAGAAGAAAAAGGAGACAAUUGAGAGUUGAGGCUUGCACAAGGCAUUACCCCAAAAGUACGUCUGUAAUGGCAAAGUAUAAGGUCCAACAAACAACAAAUACUCCCUAAAUAUAAGCAACUUUCUCUCAAAGUGUGUACUCACUUUGUAAGAAUGGAACUCAAAGUUUUAUUACACCAAAAAAUGUUGAAGAAAUUAAAGAUGUAACUCUCAAGAAUUUGAUGGGUUAAAUAGAUAAGCUAUCAGAUAGUUGUGUAUUCGAAAUGUGAUAGUUGUCUAGUAGAUAUGUAUCUAUAGGUAGAAAUAAUAAUCUCUUCAUAUCACAAGGGCUUUCAACAAUACAACAACAACAACAUCCAAGCCUUAGUCCCAAAAGAUAUGGGGUCGGCCAACAUGAAUCGAUACAUGAAGGGCUUUCAACAAUAAUGGAGAUUAAUUCGAAACAAAAUCGGAUCUGAAUUGGUCUGGGAAUAGGGUUAUGCAAGCUGUAGGCAAUCGGGGAGAGGAGACUUAUUAAAUCCCUCUUAAGUAGAAGAAGCGACUUUAGCUGGACUGUGAAAGACUACGGUUUGAUCAUAGUUUGACUGAGUGAAGGCUCAGCAAGAGUAACCAACUUGUGUGUUGUUACUCAUCUGUUCUUCAGCAAGUUAACUACCACUCUCUUCCACAGAAUGUUGAUCACCUUACUGUAAGUCAACUUGCUGUCAACCAGCUCUCGGAUAACCUUAUUUAUCAUCAUGUUGUCGUUAAAAGAUCAAGUGUCAUCCUCUUAAUAAAAUUGUAUUCUACACAAGUGUCAUCCUAACAAUUUUGGAAGACUUAUAUGCGGGUGGCUUGGUGUUGGAUCUAAAUAUUUCGUCUGAGCUAUGACUCAUACACCACAAUUAAGUGAAAUAAUGAAGGUUGUUAGAGACUUAGAGAGCAUUGUGUGAAUUUCAUAUCAGGGAAAGAUCAUGAGACGCUUGAGAGCAAAUAUUUGCUCUUAUAAUUCAUAUCACCUACUCAGUUGUCGUUGCAUUUAAUAUAGUUAGUUUCUACUUUCUACUCCGUAUGAUACACGGAUAUAGUCAUAAGUCAUGUGAAUAUGAUGAUAGCCUGAUAGGGCAAUUCAUGCAUGUGAAUUUUGAUUAUGGCAAUCUAAAAAAAUAUAGGAAUCCAACUUAUCCAAGUACAUAGGUGCAAUGGCUAUCCCUAAAGGUUUAUCAUUUCCUCUUAAAAGUAACAAAUUUAUGGUUCAUAUUAUGUAUUUCUUUACAUAAAUUUCAAUCAAAAUUUUUAUUAUAAGUGCAAGUCAAAUUUUAUCAAAAGC